GCUUGCUGGCUCAGUCCUCAUUCAAAUCGCUCACGGUGUGGUGGAAGAUUUUGCGUGUGGGGUGCUUACGUCGUGCGAGUUCAACGCGAGAACCACCGAUGCAUGCGUUUCGAUUGUUGGUCGAACGGAUCGAAAGCCUUGGGGUGAAGAUUUCACCCAGUUAAAGUGUGACCAGAAAAAUUCUCGUUCGAUCGUUCGGAUACCAACUUCUCGAUGCACCGUCGUGUUGUAUAUCAAUCCUUGGGAAAGUUUUUGGGGUUUAAGUGAUCAAGUAGCCUUUCUGGCAGCGAAUUGAAAAGUCUUGAACGAGUGUUUGCGUAUGGUGUAACAAUAUCCUAUCCUGUGUUGCUAUGUGCUGCAGAGUUGUUAUGUUUUCCUCUAGAGGAGAGUUGCUGAUGUUGAUCCGCCAUCUUGAAUCCGCAACACUAAAUUCAAUGGUUGCAACCAUCAACUGAGCGUAAAGGUAGUAAUUUUGGGUAUGGAAUGCGUGCAAUCGAAAAUAAGGAUUAAAAGUAUAGAAUAAAUUUAAUCUUUUUCGGAGCUUUUCGUUUCGAUUGCAACUAAGCGAAUAAUAGUUAAAAGGAAUCAUAGUGGGACACCGUUCAAAUGUUAUCGAUUUUUCUGUAUGCUUUUGGAUGGAGGUGCAUUACUGUUGGCUGAUGGUCAACAACGACGUAGGGAAAGAAAGUGGUUGAUGUUUUCGUGUUGUGGUGUCGGUCUCUGCAAAAGAGAACAAAUUCAAGAGUUUCUUACCCAAGAAAAGAAUAAUUCCCAUCGCGUAUCGAUUAGUUCCUAUACGGUAGGAUGUGCUAAACAGGAGUUAUAUAAAAAGAAAAUGCCAUACGAGGCAAUAAAAAGUGUUUUUUCUCUGACCCUCAUCUAAGAAAAGAAAGGGGAGAAAAAAGUUCCAUGUUUUGCAAAACAUCUGCACAUAUAGAAAUAAUAUCGCCAACAAAAUAACAAGUGCGAGUAGUGCGGGUAAAAAUAAACGAACAAAGGGAAUUAAAGCCAGGAGCAAAAGUGUUCUACACGGCGAAGGAAGGAAGAAGGUGUGUUCUACCUGCAGUAUUGCUGUUCUGUUGCUGGCAUGCCUUUCCGGAUCGCGUGCAAUCCCAACUUCAAGCUGCAGAUACUUGGAGAAGGACGAGGAAUUUAAGAAUCUCAAAAUCGGUCGAAUUAAUUUUGUAAUAUCCACCAAUUCACAACAAAAAGUAUUAGCAACUUGCGAAGGCUAGUGUUUUCUGAGGACAUUGUGAAAAAAUAAGUGUACGGUUAGUCAAACUACCCACAUUUUUCCUGUAAAAGUUAUAUUUUGCGAUUGUUAGUGUGAUAAGCGAUCUCGAGCAGCAAGUGAAAAAUCGUUCCGAAUCUCUCGUUGGUGCCUUCGGGUGAAAAUGUCUGCGGAAGCUACUUUUGGCGAGUGUACUUUCAAUCAUGGAAGAAAAUUCAAUAAUCGACAACCUUCUCAAAUUCCGGCAAGCAGAUCCAUAGUUUGGCUGAGAAGGCCCAGCACCGCUAAGGUCGACUACAACUAUUAAGUGUCCAAUUAAACGUGAAAGAAAAUUUAAAUGAUUACCGUAUCAGUGAUGUGAAAAUAAUACACCAGUGAAAAGUUUUAAUCAAAAAUUACGCCCGCAAAUAGAAAAAAAAAGCAUCUUACACAAUGGAUUUCGGAGGAGACACACGAGCUACCACUAGUCAUCAACAGAUGGCGCGGAUCGAGGGCUACGGUCCCAUCAGCACCUCUAUGCAGAAUCUCGCCACAGAUGAACCGGAUAAUCUCAGGAAAAGCAUGUUGUCGAUACAGGAAGAGCUCAACCAACUGGGUAUCAAAGAUGAUCAACCGCAGCCCUAUGCGCAGACUAUCGGCGGAGACGAUGCCCAGAACGUCACCGACAGCAGCGUCGAUGACAAUGUGUGUCAAAACGGGUGGCCACAUCUUCCGGGCGGUGUUCCGGGCCUAGCGAGCAAACAGGUCGGCUGGAUGGAUGGGCUGUUUGGAUGCAUGAGGCCGGUCCUGUCGCUGAUCGGCAAAAGUCACAUCAUGGAGAUGAAACACAAACAGACUGAUGAUUGGGAAAUUCCCUUCGAAGACAUUACCGAUCUGGUGUGGCUGGGAAGUGGAGCCCAAGGUGCGGUUUUUCAGGGGGAGCUGCGCAAUGAACGGGUGGCCGUCAAGAAGGUCCGGGACGUUAAGGAAACCGAAAUCAGGCAUCUCCGGAAGCUGAACCAUGAAAAUAUCGUGAAGUUCAAAGGCGUUUGCACCCAGGCGCCGGUGUUUUGCAUAAUUAUGGAAUUCUGUCCGUUCGGACCGCUACAUCAGAUUCUGGCCCAGGGAAGCGACAUCAUAUCGCCGCAGCGGCUGAUGUCCUGGUCCCAGCAAAUCGCGCUCGGCAUGCAGUACCUUCACUCGCAUAAAAUAAUCCACCGAGAUCUCAAGAGCCCAAACAUCCUGAUCGGUAAAGGAGAGAUCAUAAAAAUAAGUGAUUUCGGAACGUCCCGAGAAUGGAACGAAAUAAGUACAAAAAUGAGUUUUGCCGGUACGGUAGCCUGGAUGGCCCCGGAGGUGAUUCGAAACGAGCCCUGUAAUGAGAAGGUCGAUAUCUGGUCCUACGGCGUGGUGCUGUGGGAGCUACUAACUGGUGAAGUGCCAUACAAGAAUGUGGACUCUUCUCAGAUCAUCUUCGGUGUGGGAAGUAAUUCACUAUAUCUGCCCAUUCCUAGCAGCUGUCCCGAGGGUUUUAAACUGCUCAUCAAACAGUGCUGGAGUCCCAAGCCUCGCAAUAGGCCGUCGUUCAAAAUUAUUCUCACCCACUUGGAAAUUGCUGGCCAGGAGCUGCUCAACUGCAUAAUGGAAAAAGAUCGAUAUUACGAAACGCAAAAGUCCUGGCGAGAAGAAAUUCGUUGCCACAUGGAGAAGCUCACCACCAACGGGAAAAACAUUCAGCGGUACGAGCAGGAGCUGAUUAAAAAGCGCAAGGAUGAGUGGAAGCAUGCCCAGGACAUUCGAAUGGUUUACGAACGGAAGCUGGAACGCACCAAUACGAUGUACCUGCAACUCAGCGAAUACUUCGUGCAGCUCCAACAGAAAGAGCGAGAAAUUGCAGAACGCGAAAAACAGCUAACGGGUCACAAACCAAACCGCAAGUGCAGUAAUCUACUACAAUAUAAACGAAAUGCAGAUAAAAAUCGCAAACGAACUCCUUUCAACCUGUCACCGGCCAACGGGAUAGCUACCUUCGGUAUUCAGAAUCUUCCCGGUGAUUCCACUAGUCCUAGUCCUACUUCGGCACCGGUGAGCCCACUCAAAGCUACCCUCUACGCCAAGCUAGAUGGUACGACUUAUAACGCAAAGUCGGUGGCUAUAGUUCCUCCCACUGGUCGCAAGAAACCUCGAACCCAUCGGCGUAACAACUCGGGAACCUUCAAUUCGCCGAAAUCGAGUCCCGCUCGGGAUCGCCGUGUUCAGAGUGAACCGGAAACCCGACACGUGAAGCUGGUGGAUACGGAAACACAAACUGAUGCCAUGGAUAUUAGUGAGACUGAUGCCAGUCCCAGCCCCAACUCGGCGACCAAACGAAUGUCGGCAAGUUUGCGUGAAGAGGAAAACGUCGAUGAGUUCAUGGAAUCCGAGGAAAAAUUGGAUGAAAUUCCUGACCUAUUGUGUCCGUCGCAAAAGUACCGGUGCGGAAGACCUCAAUCGGAAGACGACGGUGAAGUGCCUGAAGACGAGGAAAAUGGGAACUCGAUCUCCAUCAUGACUAAUAGUCGAAGUAGCGAUAUGCUAACAAAUAGUAAUCACCUGCAGCAAGAUCCAAAAUUUUUGAACGAUCUCGACGAUGACGAUGAUGAUAAAAUCGUCGAUGAGAAUGAUGAAAACGAAGAUGAUGAAGAACGUGUUUGUUCUAGUCCCGAUGUGCUCGAGGAUAUUAUGAAUAGUAACGAACGGCUGGAUCGCGAGUAUAGUGACGACGACAAAAUCGACACACUUGAUCGCAAAGUCAGCAUAAUUUCCGAAAAACUACAGCAACAGCAAAAUGUAGCUCAACAGUAUACAGACUUUAAAAACAUACUGAACGAUAAUAAUGUGGUCGUUUACCGGUGUAAUAAGAAACUGAAUGGCGGAUCCGGAGGAAAGGGAGGCAAAAGACUGGAGAGUGCAAUUUUACUUAAGCAUCCGACGGCUGGAAGUAACCUGAAUGCUGGAGGCGGUGCUGUUGGAGCCUAUUUCUACAGUGGCAACAACUUGAUUGCUACAGAGGAAGGAUCUCCGCGACGGCAACAUACCGAUGAGGAACUAGCCAACGACAGCUGGACUGAUGAGGAAGGCGAGGAACCGAUUGUGGAGCCCAACUACGUGCUAAGAAGAAAAAGCAUUGGCCGUCUCCCAAUCAAACGCACUCGCCGUGGCAAAGUUCCACCAAGCCCAACGGCUGGUGCUUCUGGAAGCGCGCAACUAGAGGGUGUUGGUUCGAUUCAUCAAAAAUCGGAAUUCCACCAUGCAAGCCCAAAAGGUUUACGCCACUUGACGACAUCCGGUUCGUCAGCUGCUUGUUCGCCAGACAACGAUGCCAACACCCCUCAUCAUCAUCAAUCUCACCGCAACGUUCGUCUGCCGAUAAUUGCGGCGGUACAUCGGAAGCACGCUUCCAAUGUGACCAUUUCAGAUGAGGAAAAUACAUCAGAGUAUAGCAGAGCCCCAUCUAGCCAGCGAUCAACACUCGAAAGUAACCCGGAGUUGACCAAGGCUGCCCUGCAUCACCAUCAUCAGGAGCGUAUCCGUAAGCAGCAACAGGCUAUGCAUAAAAGUACAACCUCCGCCAAGGACACGGACGAUGACGAUGAUGAUGACGAUGUUGACGAUGAUGAAAACUUUAACGAUCCCGAAUCGGCAAACUAUUCCAGCGAAUGCAGCAGUUCCUCGGAUGAAGACAACGCUGCUGUUGGAUCAGAAAAACUCGGCCAGCAGAAAAAGAAAAGACAUCAGAGACGGCCACUAGCGUGCCCUGUCGAAGUGACGAAAGAUGUGCAAAACGGAAACAGCUAUUAAAAAUAGUUUGAGUUUCUUUAUUUAGUUUAGGCUAUGUGUAAGUGUAAAACGUGAUUCACGGAAGAUCGUAUUCUAGCAAUUCAGUUGAGAUUAAAACAACUAUUUCCGUCUUCAUUUUUUCUACUUGUCAAGCAAUACUAUGUUUAGGAUGAAAAAUCUGAGUUAAUUUAAAAUUGUUCCAAUGUUUCAAGGUACUGUUUAUGUUUCCCGUAUUUUUGUUUUCUGAACUGCCUCAUAGCAGAAAGGUGAUCCCAAACGAUUCAUUCCAUUUCAGCAUUGUGAAAGAAGACUAAGGAAUAGGAGAUAUUACACCAACAAGUAAUUAGGCAAGUAAUUAUCUAUGUACACAUAGGUAUAGCUACGAGCAAAAGCGUAGAUUAGAUUUAGUAAAACAAAAAAAAACCUGAGCAGGAAUUAUAUUUAACGUAAAAGCAUUGAAAUUAUUUGGCCAUAUGGCAAUACGAAAGGAUAGCAUUUAAGACAGUUCCACUGUGUAAAGAUACCUCUAUGAGAAGUCCUAAAUUCUUCCCCCGGUCCCCAAUUGAGCACUGCAUAAAUUAUUAUAUUUUGUUUUAUAACUCUGAGUUUACAAAAGUGAUAAUUGGAAUAUAGAACGUGAUUUAUUCGUGUAUGAGUAAGAUAAGUGUAGUUGGAAUCGAUGUGAGAAAUAGAAAUAAAAACUAAUCAUAAUGGAACCUCUUAAAAUAACAUCUAUAUGUGACUAUUUCGUCCAGUAACGUAAUUUAUUUGGAUAACGUUUCUGCUCAUCCAUCAAACUGAAUGUGUACGUCGGGAUCAUGUUCGAAAAAAUAACUUUGCGCCUGUAUGACCUUCUUAUUUGUUUACUGUUCAAAAUUUAAAACAUUAUGUUUCAUUUUUAUUCUGUUUUUUGGACUUCCCGAAAUGUAUGCAAAAAUUGUAAAAAAAAAUCGCCGCCUUAAUAAACCGAGAAAUUAAUACAAAAAUCAAUAAAGAUAAUGAAUACAUUUCUUUUUAGCUAUAAAGAUUUUUGGAAUUGUACCUGCUUGGAUGUCGAUUAAAAUAUAUUGCAAUUCAUAGGUACUGUGUCCCGAUUUUUUUCCAACACUUCCUACCCCUUUGAACUAGAAAAAGUAUAGAACCCUUAAAAAAUUAGAAAUUAGCUUUUCAAGCUUGCAUACCUGGUUGAACAACUGACAGAGAAGAAAAUGAAACGAGAAAUCGCACAGUGAAUUAGGACACCUAUUUUUAGAGCAGUAUUUUUUCUACAUUGGUUGCAAUUUUUGCAAAUAUUAGCGAUUAUCAGCGUUGGUAACAAAAAGUAUAAAUUAGGCAUCUAAAACCGCUAACGUGUAUUUCAGACGAUAGUGAACAGUUGCCUCUGGAUGAGCGCUCACAAAUAAGAACAAACCGUACUCUAAAACCUUUUGAGAUUUGAACUGCAAAAGUACCUCCUAAGUAUCCACUAUUUUCGCGAAUUAAAACCAACUAGAACAAAUGCCUAUUCUAUUAGACAAUAACCAAUCAACAUUCCAAUACCUGAUCAGCAAGAACCACCUUUCUCCCAUAACUUUACUUUGUUCAAACAACUACUCAGUGUAAGACGAAAGCAACAUAGCUGAAAUUUUUGGUCUGUUGAAAUAUUUUUAAGCGACACCAUUGGAAGUCCCUACAGCCACAUCCCUGUGUAUGAUUUUGGAUACUAAUGCUAAUAAUAAAUUUCAAAGUCAAAACCAAUCUCAACUGGCUUCAUAAAACUACUUAACCCCAAGAAGAGCGAACACAAUACGUGAAUGAGAAGACAAAAACCAAACCUACACUCAGAAAUUUAAAAAAUAUUAAAAAUAUUAUGUUUUAAUUACUCUGACAUUUAACUGACAUUAAUAUCCAGAAAUAUUAAAAAAUAACUAUUUCAAUUAUUAAAAUUUAUGCACCCGAAUAAUUUCUUGGCGUGUAAUGAUCCAAUGCAUAAAAUUUAAUAACCGAGAUAUUAUUUUGUUCAAACAAACGCUUUGUGAUUUGUGCUUUUGAGUCCCAACUAAACGGGUAUGAGCACGUGCUAAAUUUUCAGUUGCAAAAUGCCGCUCAACUUGACUGCAUGCAGGUUCCAUUCUUUUCGAAUAUGUUAAUCAUCUUUAAAAAGAAUGGAAUCAGUAGCAGCAAAGUAUUGUUAAAGGGAAAGUGCAUUUGUUUUGUAUGCUAUGGUCAAUAAUGCACAUUGAUCAUAGAACUUUUGUACGAAAAUCAAACGAUUUUCGUUUGUUUUUUUCUGAUUAUUUCUGCUUUAAGCGUUUGCCUUUACGUCCCAGCUCAAACUUUUUCUUCUGACCACCAGAUGUCGCUUCCAUAACAAUCAUCCCAUUUCUCAAUGCAUAAAUUUUAAUCGCAGAAAUAUUUCUCAGUGAGAAAUAUCCAAGUAAUUACACCAUGAGAAAUAUCCUUGUGCGUUAAGAGGGAGAAACGUGAAAAUACCUAGAAAUUAAUUGUUUGAUAUUUUAUUUAUUUCUGAGUGUAAUGGGAAACGACGAAACGAUAUUGGUAUUAAAAAUAAAAUAAUAAGCAUGUUUAUAAACAAUGAACGAUUGCAUCACUCAAUCAUCCGAAAUCUGUAAUUUUAACUCAGUUUGAAAGAUGGUAACCUUGAUGGUAUCCUAUUUUUAUUAAUAGCGAAAAGAUGUCGUAUAGCGGGGUUAAACAGAUUAUUGGGUAUAUAUACAAUGAGUUUUAAAUAAUCGAAAUCGAUCAAUAUUUGCGGUGGUCACCGGAAGUUGCCUUGUUCUGUAGAUUGUGUAUUUUGUCAUUCCCCGGUUUUUAAAAUCAAGUUUUGCAAUUUGAUGGAUUCGAUUGCGCGCUUCAGAUCAUAAAUUUUUGAAACGUCGCUGGUGAACUUGCAACAAAACAGACUUCCGACAAUCUAGUACUUCACAUUUCUUUGUCGGAAGUCCAGACUUCCGAACUAAAAUUUAGUGCUGACACUAUAUUGAUCCGAACAGCUUUGAAAAGUUCAAUAAAAAUCAAAUCUUGAAUUAA